UGAAUGUGUGUAUAAAUGUAAUCUGGAUGUUAUACUGUAUAGUCACAAGGUUGUCAUUAUCAUGUGACCUACCAGUGUCAGUUGUGUCGCUUCAUUGCUAUUCACAAAUCCUCUCCCUUCAUGGCUUCAUGGGAUAGUAAAGUGUUCAUUGCAUGCACACUUCAGAAUCUCACCGGAAGUAGGGGUACUUUUUGCCUACUCUUUUAUAAGUACUGUUAAAUCAAAUAUACACCUUUUGUCACAUUCUCUUUUUCAUCGACUUAAUAGGGAAGUAUGUGAUUUUAAUUGCAGCCACGGGAAUCUAAUUUACAAAAUGUCUUUUUGAUGGAAAAUCUUUUCUGAGUGGUGUAGUAUGGGUAGCUAAUGUCAUACACUAUUUAUAUAGACUUUACUGGAAGGCAACCAUCUGGACUAAACUAUGACAGACAAUAAAUAGACAUGUAACAUCUGCUGAAUUUGUUAAUGAUAAAUGGAAAAAUUGCAUGCAGAUAUAUUUACAAUACUUCAUUAUACACAAAAUGCUAUAAAAUCUUUUAAAUUCUUCUAGAUCUGUCUGACAAAAAAUGCUCAACAGAUUUAGAACUGCUUAAUGUCUGAUGAACUGGAUUUAACUCAAGCAAAUGUUUCAGAUGGAUUAUAGCCUAUUCAUUAAUAAUUCCCAGAGACAAGACGGAGACAAAUACUGAGCAUUACUUUAAAAUGCAUUUUGUAGGAUACUGCUAUAGAUUAAUAAACAACUACGAGACAUUUUAGAAGCACUGGCAAUUACAUUUUCUGAGUAUAGAGAUAAUUUCAAAAGAAAAGAAUGAACUCACCCAAUUUCUGCACCAUCGCCUGAUCUCCAAAAAUAUAAUAUGCACAAUACAAAUAAGAAAAUAUUAUCUGGAAAUACUAGAAAUGAUCACUGUUACAGUUUAUUAAGCUGCAUUUGACUAAUUUUGGACAACACUUUAAUUAAACAUGUAGCCUAACUUAAACGCUCCAAUUCAUGUCCUUAUUUUUUUUCAUAAUAAGUCAUAAAAUUAGGUCAAUGUUAAAAACUGAGUCUUCUCUAUACUUCAAACAUAUUUCUUCAAAACAAAUAUAAAUUCAUAUUCACUUUAUUUAUUUACUUUUUACAGGGGAAAUGCACAUUACAUUAAUGAACAUGACUGUAAAAUGGGCAGAAUUACCCAAAAGCUUGACAGAAUGUAAAAAAAUCAUAAAAAGUAUAAUAAUAAUCAUUAUUAUUAUUAUUGUUAUGUAGGAUAUUCUGGAUGUGUUAAAAUUCUGAUUAUGUAUAUGUAUGAUAUGUGCUUUCCUGUUUCAGGUUGUAAACAUUUGCAUGAUACAUAAUCAUAAUAUGACCACAUUCAAAUUAAUAUUCUUGAGUAUGUAAACAAGUUCAAUGAAUCUGAGGGCAUUCCCACAAUGUAGCCUGCCUCACUAAUAUUUCACUGUCUCAGACUGUGUUAGGGAGGUGGAGUAAGUUUUUUUCUUUUUUUUAAUAAACACCCUUGAUCUCUAAGAAACAGUGUAUAGUGAAUUGUCAAUGAGCAGUUCUGAUCUGAAGGCUAAAACUCCUCCCAGUCAUUACUCUUCACUCACCAUCUGGUCAGCUAUUUAAAACAUCCAAUGAACCAUGCAGGCAGUCAAAAAUAGUCAGCCAUCCAGGACUAGAAACUUCCUCAAGCCACAAGGGUAUCAUGGUAGAGGUAACUGUUAAACUGUUCCAGAGAAGAGGACAGUAAACAGAGGAUAAUACAAAUAUUCUUCAUGAAUGAGUGAGUUUUUAGCUUUUAUCUUUAGUGCAUUUGUUUCAAAUAGCCUACCAAAACAUUUAAGCUUGAGCUAUUACAAAAUCACAGCUUAUUUUAAUUUAUAGAAAACUGUCAAAAUGGCAGCAGUUUUAAGUCAGUUUAUGGAAUUCCAUUCAGUUCAUGGGACGAAUGUGAAACUGGACCCCUCGAGGACUCAGGCCACCCGAGUAGAAAGUUUUGCAAACGGCGUCUGCUUCAGUAAAGAUCCUUUAAGCCCUGGAGAGAUCUUCCUAGUGGAGAUUGAAGAGAAAGAACUGGGUUGGUGUGGUCAUUUAAGGAUUGGACUUACUGCCCAUGAUCCUCGAACGCUGGAUAGUGUGCCAGAAUACUCUCUGCCUGAUCUUGUAGAUAUGGGAGACAGCUGGGUAUUUGCAAUAACAAGAAACCAUAAUAAAGUCAUUGAGGAUGAAGGAGGAGAAGCAGAAGGUGGUGAACAGCCAAAUGUUGGCGAUGAAGCAGAAAACAAGCCUAAAACCUUUUUCACAGACACUCAUCUGUAUAUAGAAAACAUGAGCAUACCCAGAGACAAGUUAGUGGGACGCAGUCGGCCUGGGAGGUACAGUCACAUUCUGGAUGAUCUGUAUAAAACCAACACUCUACCCCCCACUGCCCGUCGCAGUCGGAUAGGGGUUGUCUAUGCUCCUAAGGGACAAGGGUAUGCUGACAUGCACAUUAUCAUCAAUGGUGAAGACAUGGGAGCCUCUGCAAAGAGGAUCCCCACCAAUAAACCGCUGUAUGCUGUUGUGGAUGUAUUUGCAGCUACUAAAUGUGUUCGGAUUGUACAGGUGGAAUAUGGAUUUUCCUCACUGCAGACACUCUGCCGAAAGACAAUUCAGAAACACAUCAUUCACAGAAUGGCCUUGGACUGGUUGGAACUUCCAGAGUUACUUAAAUUCUAUUGCAAAUAUGAGUGAGCAAAACCUAUUAAAGAUCUGAGCAGGAAAGAUUUUUAAGACAAAAAGUGGUCAGAUUAGUAAUCUGAAAAGUGUUCUUCGAUGUUUGUUGAUGCACAUUACACCAAGAACACCAUGAGCACUUACAAUGUGGCUAAAAUACUUCAGUGAAUAUUAUAUUCUGAUACUGUAAUCCUUCAGUGAGUCAUAAAUACAUAUUAAUCAUUUAAAGCCUGACACAAAUAACAUAAAUAAUAUUGUGAAAAAUUUUGAAUUUACAAUUUUAUAAAAUGUAAAGGUUAGAACAGUGUAUUGAACCUUUAGAUACAUUUUUUAUGUAUGUUUUAUGAUCUGUAUAUGUAUUUGACAUCAAGCUUUAAUAUCUCAUAUAAUAUUAUAUAGUAAGAAUAUGGAGCUCUUACUAGAGGAGGAAAAAACACUUAAUUUUAUUUAGGCCCAAAUAAAGCAAAAUAUUAAAUUUGCUGCUGGUAUUGUUAUUUACAAUGACAAAAAGUAAGAUACAAUUCUGAUAGCUUGUAAUCUUAAUAAACUUCAUAAUAAAAACAAUACAUUUAUAUCACUUGUCACUCUCAAUCCCAAUAGUAUGUCUUAUUAAGAUUAAAUUUAAAUGCAUAAUUUUUUUUUAUCAAGUCUCUGGGGUUUUAUUGUGGGGGACAAAACAUAGGCUAUAAUGCCCGAUGUGUCAUGAUUGAUACAUUAUUUAUUUUUUUAUUUUUUUAAUAAUUUAGAGGCCUUUAGUUUAUCAAAUAUGAUAAGCUUUAAAGGAUUAAAUGGCAACAUGCCAUAUUUUAAAUGUCAACCUGCCGGUCUUGAGAUUUCUUUUUGUUUGUAAAUUUGUAAUUCAAAAAAUCUUUUCUUUGCCAUUUGUAAAUGAUUAAAUGCAAAGUACUUGAA